AUGAGUGGCGCGUCGCCGGCGACGCCGACGCCAAACGACGCACCGCCACCCAUCACGAUCGCUGCCGCGUCCUUCACCGCGGAGGACCUGAACGCUAGUACAACGGCGAUCCCAGUCGCCAAGGGAUCCGCGCACCUCAACGCGAAGCUCCUCAUGGUCAACCUCGGCCAGGACGUGCAGGCAACGGUCCUUAACCGCUUCCGAAACCUGCAGGGUACCAUUCACUCACAGUUGCGCAACCUGCAGAAUAACGUUGCCAACCUGCACCACUCCACACCAGCCUCCCGACUGAGCCACUGUAGAACCGCAGGCUCUACCACGACGACCAACUCCGCUCUCGCCAUCCACAGCCUCCGCAAGCUGUUCGACGUCAUCGAGCAGCGCUACUCGCACGUGUCGAUCCUGCUGCUGCUGUGCAACGUCGGGUUCGAGGCCGCCGCCUUCGGCAUCUACCUGCACGUGCAGAGCAACCACAUCACGGAGAACUGGCGCGAGUUCGACUGGGGCCUCCGCUACUUCAUCGCCGAGGUGCUGCUCAGCGCCGUCUUCAUGGCUAGCUGGAUCUCGCUGUUGGCGGUGGAGGCAAAGAAGUGGGCCUACGUGCUCACCGCGCGCUCGCUCAUGAACUACCUCAGCAGCGGCUGGAUGCUGCUCCUCGCGCUCGGUGCGCUCCUCACACUGGACCGGGCCUGGACGCGUGUCUACGCACCCAUGUUCCUGCGUGUGUGGUGGCUUCACGAGAGCCUGCUGUCGCUGCUGCACUACCCGCAGAUCAGCGCCCACUUCACCGAGAACCGGCUGGAGAUGGUGCGCUCCAUGAUCCAGUGCAUUGCCGUCAUCGGCAUUAGCGUCGGCAUCCUGCAGGCUGUCGAGAGCUUCUGCGGCGACCCUGUCGAGUACUUCGAGAUGGUCUACAUGAUGCUGCUGUCCUUCUCGUCCAUCGGCUACGGCGACGUGACGCCGCUCACGGUGCAAGGCCGCCUUCUCAUGAUCGUCUUCAUUGGUGUCGGCUUCAGCUAUUUCGUGCCAAUCCUUCAAUACGUGGCCGACCUCGGCGUGUACCACCUCUCCCACGCGUACUACACAACGUGGCUCAAGCGCACGGACCACGUUGUCAUAUGCGGCAAUCUUGGGUAUAACGAGCUGCGCAUGCAGCUGAAGAACAUCUUUGCCGAGGACCGGCAUUACCUGAAGAUGAAGGUGGUGCUGCUGCUUCGCGAGCAGCCGUCCGCGCAGGUGUUGCUGCUGCUCAACUCCCCCAAGUACCGCAGCGCGGUGCACCUCCUCGUCGGCGAUCCGGGGGUUCCGACGGACAUCGACCGCUGCAACGCGCGCGGUGCGUCUGCCAUGUUCCUCUUGGGCGCGGGCACCAACUCCAGCUAUUACAGCGACUACGACCUCGCCGCUCAGGCCAUGACUGUGAGUGCGCUCGUCCCCGACCUUCCGUUGUACAUCCUCCUACAUCGCUCACGCUACACCAAGUCGCUCAUGCCGAGCCGCGCCAAUGUGCUGGAGUUCGAGCGACUCAACCACAACCUGCUGGGGCUGGGAUGCGUGUUGCCGGGCAUGAUCCCCUUCGUCGCCAACCUCAUGCGGAUGUUCGACCCUAUGACGACCGAGGCGCUGUGGGAGCUGCGCGACCUCAAGGACCUCUUCGGGUUCAGAGGCAGCAAGGCGAGCCUGCGCGCGAUGCGAAAGAUGUGGACACCCAAGCGAGCAAUGCUCACCUACGGCGCCGCGACAAUCGAGCUGGGCAACGGUGCGGAGCCGGACUGGAUGAGCACGUACGAGGCGUCACUCGCGCAGCACGUGGAUACGGUGGCUGCACCCACGCCGGUGCAACGAGGCCACUACACCGUCGUCAGCCUGGCGCGCCUGCUGUACAGCACCGAUAUAACUCUCAUUGGCGUCGUGCGUGACAGCGGUAGCGGUGACAGUAUUGUCGACCUGGCCCCGCGCGGCUCGCUGGUUGGCGUGCAGAAGCUGAUCGUCAUCUGCGACGUCCGCCGCGCUGCGCAGGGCGUCGUGGACGAGAUCGUCCACGAUGCCCUCCUCCACCCCACCCAACGCGGCAGCCCGACCUCGGCCAAAAUGCCGCAGCACGAGUUGCUCCACAACCCGAAGCAGCACCCCCACCGUCGCAGCGACAGCGCCAGCAGCGCAGCGGCGACGGCAGCGACCGUCCUCGGCGCUGGCGCGGUGGAGCGGCCGCGGCGGCAGCCCCGCGUGGAGGCCAAGCGCGAUGCGGAAGGGCGCAUGCCGCUGGCCGCCGUGAGCCCCGUGCCCAGCGCCGCCGCCGACGACGAGGAUGCGCUGAUUGAGGCGCUGGUGUCGCCGGUGCUGCUAGACGCGGGGCGUCUCGGCAGCCUGGCAUGCGAAAGCGCCAGUGCCGGCGCGCCAGUCACGGUGACCCAGUCCUCGCCGGUGUUCCCCGUCCCCACGGCGGCGCACAGCGUGCUGCGCGUGGAGUCGGACGUGCGCCACCUCGCCAACCACUACGUCUUCAUCGACCUCUCCAGCGCACACGAGCGCACCAACUGGUCGCCCGAGGCCGCCGUUGAGUCGCGCACCGCCAAGGCAGCGGACUACUACGACACCAUGCGCCCCGUGCGCCAGCACAACCCCGACAGCGACAUCGUGCUGCUCGCGAGCGACACCAACUACGACAGCCUCAACAACAUGUGGGAGGAGGAGGACGUCACCGGCUCCCUCAUCGUCGUACAGGGAUGCGGCCUCUUCACGUCCGACCUGCGCCGCUGCAACGUCGCCAAGGCAGCCGCCAUCGUCAUUUUCUCCGCCGGGGACCGCUGUGACGACCACGGCGACUCACUCUCCGUCCUCGUCAUGCAGCUCGUGCGCCAACUCAUCGAUGAGGACAAACACAACGGCGCCGCCGACAUCCCCAUCGUCGUCGAGGUCGAUCACGCCGAGCUGGUGCCUCUUUUCGGGCCCGCCACAACUGUCGGCAAGGACGCCAAGACGUCGGAGUGGGUGCUGGAGCCGAGCUUCAUGUCCGGCUGCGUCGUGUGCCGCCACAUGCUCGACACAGGCCUGCAGGAGAUGCACUUCACGCCCGAGCUGCUCCACGUGCUGGAGCAGCUGCUGUCGUCGAAGUCUGAGUCGCUGCUCGUCACCGUCAUGGCGCCGGAUGCGGCGUGGGUCGUCUACGAGGACGCCACGUCGUUCGGCCUCGACAACGCCCUGCUGCCGCUCGCGAUCCACCGUUUCCACGAGAUACUCCGAGACAACAACAGCAUCCCCUUCCGCUACAUCAUCACUAACCCGCCGCCCUCCUUCCCGCUGCACUCCGACGACUUCAUCUACUGUCUCAAGCUGUGA